AUUUUCGGAGAUAGUGGAAUGCGAGGAGAUCCCGGUGAUGAUGGUCUUCCUGGCAUUCCAUCCUCUGGUGCCAAGGGUGAAAAAGGCCAUCCUGGCUCUCCUGGUGACGCUGGUUUGAAGGGGCACAUCGGUCAGCCAGGCCAGCGGGGCUUUCGUGGUGAGCCAGGCCUGCCAGGAUCGUCAACAGAUGGCGUAAAGGGAGACAAAGGAGAUAUAGGCGAAAAGGGAACUCAGGGUCCAAUGGGAAAAAUAGGACCCCAGGGACUGAAGGGUUUACAGGGGGAGGCAGGUGCUGAUGGAUUACCGGGUACAAAAGGUGCUCAGGGUGAUCAAGGCCCUCCCGGACGCGAUGGGUCUCCAGGUAAAAGAGGUCCACCCGGCCCAGUUGGUCCUCAAGGCCCUAUCGGUAUCAAGGGCCGUACUGGCAGUCAGGGAGAACCAGGGGACCCUGUUCCCGCCAUAUGGGGACCUAAGGGUGAAACCGGUGAUAAUGGCGAGCGUGGAGACAUCGGACCGACUGGAAGUAAAGGAAAUCGUGGACCACCAGGUAUAUAA